AUGGCGGCAGAGGCCAACUAUGUGCGCAUCGACGUGCAGCACCUUGGUCCCCUGGGACAAGACGGCGGCAGCAGUAGUGGCGCGUCGAAGCUCGGCACCACGACCAGCCACAUCGGCGGCAGCGAAAGCAGCGAAGGCAGCGAAAGCAGCAGCGGCACCCACCAGUCUGCCUCACACCAGGAACAGCAGCAGCAGCAGGAGCAGGGUCAACAUGCCGACGUGGACACGGAGUCGGCCCUGACCCAGCCGCCGCGGCGGCAGCUGCUGUGCACCGUGCGCGGCCUGCUGAAGAAGGUGCGGCAGCGCGUGCUGGUGGGCGACGUCGUGGUCAUAGCCGGCAUCGACUGGGCGGCGGGGCGGGGCGUGGUGGAGGGCGUGGCGCCGCGCAGCAGCGAGCUGGUGGACCCGGCUGUGGCCAACGUGGACCACGUGGUGCUGCUCUUCGGCCUCACGCAGCCCCCGUUUGAGGAGCAGCAGGUGUCGCGCUUCCUGGUGUCCAUCGAGGCCUCAGGCCUGCCCCUAACGCUGGCGCUCAACAAGGCGGACCUCGUGCCAGAGGAGGAGGUCGAAGCCCGCGUGGCCCAGUGCGCGGCCUGGGGCUACAGGGCGGUCCCCGUCAGCUGCGCCAGCGGUCGUGGCCUGGAUGCGCUGGGGGCAGUACUGGCGGGCAAGAUGAGCGUCGUGGCCGGGCCGUCGGGCGCGGGCAAGAGCAGCCUGAUCAAUGCGCUGCGGCUGGGGCGGCACCGAGUGGACGACUUUGGGGCCGAGGAGGGGUUUGGGGGCGGCGGCAGCUGGGCGGACGGCGGGGCGGCUGAGGAAGAGGCGGAGCAGGACGGGUGCAGCGGCAGCCGGGACGAGGAGCACGACCGGGGCUCUGAGCAGGAGGAGGAGGAGGGCGAGCAGCGGUGGCAUAGCGAGCGCGCCGCGUCAGGCGCAGCGGCCGGCAGCAGCGGCGGCGGCGCUGGCAGCAGCGACUUUCUGGUGGUCGGCGACAUGUCCAGGUUUGGCCGCGGCAAACACACCACGCGCGUUGUGCGCCUGAUCCCGCUGCCGGGCGGCGGCCUCAUGGCCGACACCCCUGGCUUCGGCCUGCCCACCCUGGACCGCGUCCCCAGCGCCGGCCUGGCGCAACUGUUCCCCGAGUUCCGCGCCGCGCGGGCCGCCGCGCCCGGCGGGGGCUGCCGAUUUGUGGACUGCAUGCACGUGAUGGAGCCGGGCUGCGCCGUCAACGAGGCCGGGCUGGAGCGCUACCCCCACUACCUCAAGUUCCUUGCGGAAGUCAAGGCGCGCGAGGACUACGACGUGCGCGUGAUGCAGCUGGCCAAGAAGCAGCGAGAGGGCGCGGUCAAGGUCAAGACAGGCCGCGGGGGAGAGACGCGCUUCGAGGCGCGCCUGGAGAGCAAGAAGCACCGCGUGACGUCGCGCAAGCGCGCCAAGCAGAGCCUGAUGCGUGCUACGGCGGAGGACGAGGAGGAGGAUGGCGACACGGGACGCGGCAACUUGCGAUAG